AGAGCAAGAUUUCAGUGGCGGCUGGUCGGAGGCGGGGGAGUUGGAGCAGUGUGAAGGCUCUCGCGAGACUUGAAGGUGCGACGGCGACGACAGCCAAAGAGAGAAGGAAAGAACCGGAAGUCCUUCCUAUGACCGUCCAAUGCUGGAAGCGGCUUGACUUUUUCUACCGGAAACCCUUUUCCAGGGGCUAAGAAGACUGCCCACCUGGCCGGAAGUUCCACCUCCUUGGGCACCCCCAUCCUUGAGAAGUUUUUCUAUUACCUGUGUUUGCCUCUGUUCCCUCUCUCCGUUUUCUCUCUACACCAGAAAAGCGUACACAUUUAGUGUCUCCCUCCCAGCUCCGUCCAACGGGUUGUGUAUGUCCCUCCCGGAGUCGGGGUUCCUUCCCCGGCGCCCCCAUGUAGCUGAGAGGUGAAACCUGGGGGUGGCCGGACCCCUGGGAUCCUGAAGCGGAGGCAGGGAGGGCACAGAACCCCGCCUCUGCUCCUGCUACCGGGACGCAACCUCCUCAGCGCUCCCCCUCCCGCUGCCAUGCACCCUGCGGCCUUCCCACUUCCUGUGGUUGUGGCCACUGUCCUGUGGGGAGCGACCCCCAGCCGGGGGCUCAUUCGAGCGACCUCGGAGCACAACAACGCCAGUAUGGACUUUGCAGACCUCCCCGCUCUGUUUGGGGCUACCCUGAGCCAGGAGGGACUCCAGGGGUUCCUUGUGGAGGCUCACCCAGAAAAUGCCUGCAGUCCUAUUGCCCCACCACCCCCAGCCCCGGUCAAUGGGUCAGUCUUUAUUGCACUGCUUCGAAGAUUCGACUGCAACUUUGACCUCAAGGUCCUAAAUGCUCAAAAGGCUGGGUAUGGUGCAGCUGUAGUACACAAUGUGAAUUCCAAUGAACUGCUGAACAUGGUGUGGAAUAGUGAGGAAAUCCAGCAGCAGAUCUGGAUCCCAUCUGUGUUUAUCGGGGAGAGGAGUGCUGAGUACCUGCGGGCCCUCUUUGUCUACGAGAAGGGGGCUCGGGUGCUUCUGGUUCCAGACAACAGCUUCCCCUUGGGCUAUUACCUCAUUCCUUUCACUGGAAUUGUAGGACUACUGGUUUUGGCCAUGGGGGCCGUAAUGAUAGUUCGUUGUAUCCAGCACCGGAAACGGCUCCAGCGGAAUCGACUUACCAAAGAGCAACUGAAACAGAUUCCUACUCACGACUAUCAGAAAGGAGACCAAUAUGACGUCUGUGCCAUCUGCCUGGACGAGUAUGAGGACGGCGACAAGCUGCGGGUCCUCCCCUGUGCUCAUGCCUACCACAGCCGCUGUGUGGACCCCUGGCUCACUCAGACUCGGAAGACUUGCCCCAUCUGCAAGCAGCCUGUUCACCGGGGCCCAGGGGACGAGGAAGAAACUCAGGGGCAAGGGGAGGGCGAUGAGGAAGGGGAGCCAAGGGAGCUGGCCUCAGAACGGACCCCACUUCUGGGCUCCAGCCCCACUCUUCCUACCUCCUUUGGCUCCUUAGCCUCAGCCCCCCUUAUUUUUCCUGGGCCCUCAGCAGAACCCCCACCCUCUCCUUCCUCCUCUUCCUCUUUACCAGCCAUCCUGGUUUAAGGCUCCCACACCCAGCACCUCUGGUAACCUAUUGGCCUUCCUCCCUCAAGUCUUCUAAUUUGAGGGAUAGAGGGGGUAUUUCCAUCCCAGGUUUCUCCCUUACCUGGCCCCAUCCUUUUGAAUGAGUUUGGGGUAAGAGGCAAAGGGAGUGAUCUUCAUUUCUUGGCUUAAUAAAAUUGUUUUUGUGGACUAA